AUGGCUAAGGUUGUGCAAUACAGACAGCAGGAGCGCGACCUGCUCAUGGCUGAGGUGAAAUACAGACAGCACGAGUGCAGCCCGCUCACGUCUGAGAAGAAAUACAGACAGCAGGAGCGCGGCACGCUCAUGUCUGAGGUGAGAUACAGACAGCAGGAUCACGGCCCGCUCAUGGCUGAGGUGAAAUACAGACAGCAGGAGCGCGGCCCGCUCAUGCCCGAGGUGAAAUACAGGCAGCAGGAGCGCAGCCCGCUCAUGGCUGAGGUGAAAUACAGACAGCAGGAACGCGGCCCGCUCAUGGCUGAGGUGAAAUACAGGCAGCAGGAGCGCGGCCCGCUCAUGUCUGAGGUGAAAUACAGACAGCAGGAGCGCGGCCCGCUCGUGUCUGAGGUGAAAUACAGACAGCAGGGGUGCAGCCUGCUCAUGGCUGAGGUGAAAUACAGACAUUAG